AUGUCGACUUCAUCUGACCGCGAGUAUCUACUUACACUCGAGAGCGUUCGCGAGCAAGCUCAGCAUGUCUACGAUGCAGCUGUCAAUGGUCGUCUGAACAACUUCAUAUACGAUGCAACAAAGCUGGAUGCGGCCGCAGACUAUGUCGUCUCGCUGAUAUUGCGAGACUGGCAGCCGGAAAUGUUUAGCAAGAUCCCCUCUCAUGGCAGAUGGCAACACUUCAAUGCAGGAGAUGUUCCUCGACUAGAUUCACUAAUUGAGCAAUGGAAAACUGCUGGCGUUGACGAGAUUGAGAUUGCCCGCCGAGUCAUCGAUGUCAUUGUCGUUUCCGUCCUUCUUGAUGCUGGAGCGGGCGAUCACUGGACAUUUACGGAGAACGAUGUCAAAAUCGGCCGUAGUGAAGGUCUUGCAGUCGCUAGUCUUAGUGCCUUUAAAGCUGGUAUCUUCGGGAAAUAUUGUGUAGAUGCUCGUCUGCUUGCGGAACUUGAUUCGGGGAAACUAGCUGCUGCGAUGCAAAGUACAGAUUCGAAUCCACUGCUUGGAAUGGAAAGUAGGACCGAAUUACUGCGACGACUUGGACGGUCCUUGCUCUCAAACAAAAAGUUCUACGUCGAUGAGAGCUGUAGGCCCGGUCAUCUCAUCGACUACAUGCUGAAGAACGGAUCAACUGAUAACGCUUUUGACUUCAAAGUGCUGUGGAGUCUGCUACAAGACCUACUCAUCCCAACAUGGCCAGAAGGCCGAACGACGGUAGCCGGAGUAGCCAUCGGGGACGCUUGGCCUCUCAAGGUUCUUGCAGACAAGCAAGUUCUUCCCAUCCAGCCAUUUCACAAGCUCACACAGUGGCUUGCUUACUCUUUGACCUCGGCUAUACAGCGUUUACUAUCAAAAGACUGGAUCAACAUGGAUAUCCUCACCGGUCUGCCCGAGUACAGAAACGGCGGCUUGUUCGUCGAUAUGCAAGUUCUGACUUUGAAGCCAGAAGUAUUGGAAGCCGGUCUGAAACAGAGCGGCAAGACACUGCCAGAGUACGAUGCGGUUGGAGACGUGAUAGUGGAGUGGCGUGCAAUGACCGUUGUUUUGCUAGAUAUCGUUGCAAAGAUGGUAAACGAGAAGAUCGCACAGAGAUGUGGUCCAGAUAUCUCGCCAUUGAGUCUAGCACAAAUUCUGGAGGCAGGUACAUGGAAAGCCGGCAGAGAGUUGGCAAAACAGCACAGGGCCAGUCUCAAUGCUUGCAGUCCUAUUCUGAUGUCUAGUGAUGGCACUCUGUUCUGA